AUGGAUCCCUACAAGUAUCGCCCCAACUCGGAGUACAACUCCACCCAUUGGACCACCAACACCGGCAUGCCGGUAUGGAACAACAACAACUCCAUGACUGUGGGAGUGCGUGGCCCGGUCCUCCUGGAGGACUACCACCUGGUGGAGAAGCUGUCAAACUUUGACCGCGAGCGCAUCCCUGAGCGCGUCGUUCACGCCCGCGGUGCCGUCGCCAAGGGCUUCUUCGAGGUCACCCACGACAUUUCCCACCUGACCUGCGCCGACUUCCUGCGCGCGCCCGGGGUGCAGACCCCCAUCAUCGCCCGCUUCUCCACUGUGGUGCACGAGCGGGGGUCCCCCGAGACCCUGCGCGACCCCCGCGGCUUUGCGGUCAAGUUCUACACACGCGAGGGCAACUUCGACAUGGUGGGCAACAACUUCCCCGUCUUCUUCGUCCGCGACUCCAUCAAGUUCCCCGACAUGGUGCACGCGCUGAAGCCCAACCCGAAGACCAACAUCCAGGAGCCGUGGCGCUUUGCCGACUUCUUCUCCCACCACCCCGAGGCCAUGCACAUGUUCACCUUCCUCAUGGACGACGAGGGCGUGCCCAAGGACUACCGCCACAUGAUCGGGUCGGGGGUGCACACCUUCAAGCUGCUGAACGGGGAUGGGCGCGAGACGCUGAUCAAGUGGCACUGGCGGCCCUCCUGCGGCGUGGCCAACCUGGCCACGCCCGAGGAGAUCGCGGAGGUGCAGGGCGCCAACCACCAGCACGCCACCGCGGACCUGUGGGACGCAGUGGCGUCCGGGGACUACCCUGAGUGGGGCCUGUUCAUCCAGACCAUGGACCCUGCAGACGAGGACAAGUUUGAGUUCGACCCGCUGGACGUGACCAAGGUCUGGCCCGAGGACCGCUUCCCGCUGCAGCCCGUGGGGCGCAUGGUGCUGAACAAGAACCCCGACAACUUCUUUGCGGAGAACGAGAUGCUGGCCUUCAAUCCGGGCCUCAUCGUCCCCGGCAUCGCCUACUCCGAUGACAAGCUGCUCCAGGGCCGCAUCUACUCCUACUCCGACACCCAGCGCUACCGCCUGGGCGGCAACUACCUCCUGCUCCCGGUCAACGCGCCCAAGUGCGCGCACCACAACAACCACUUUGACGGCGUCAUGAACUUCAUGCAGCGCACCGAGGACGUCAACUACUUCCCCUCGCGCUACGACCCCGCCCGCAACUCUGAGAAGUACCCGGUGGUCACCGCUCCCCUGGCCGGGCGCCGUGAGCGAGCCGUCAUCCCCAAGGAGAACAACUUCCAGCAGCCUGGAGAGAGGUUCCGCACCUUUGACCCAGCCAGGCAGGAGCGCUUCAUCACGCGCAUCUCCGAGAUGCUGCUGGACGAUGGGUGCAACGCUGAGAUCCGGCGCGUCUGGGUGGGCUACCUCACCCAGUGCGACGCCGAUCUGGGCAAGCGCGUGGCCCAGAAGCUGACAGCCAAGUCCGCGCUCUGA